AUGGCCUCGUCACUUGGCGCCUUGAGGAAUGUAGUCGAACCGGCUUUCAUCGUCUUUGCCUUCACCAUAGGCACCCUCAUCAACCGCCGCCGACUGGAUCGCGACGAUGACGUAGAAUCGUGUGAGCGUGGGUCGGAGGAUUCCUCCUCCCGCCCCACCUCUCCGCUCCUCAAGGCGGGGAUGCGCGCGGAGUCGGGCGAGGUGUCCCGGGUCAAUAGCAAGCUCAUUGUUCGAUUCUAUAAUACCUUUCCGUUUCUUGCUGAAAUCUGGUAUUGGAAUGCGACAUACUGGAUAUACCAACUGCUCCGAGCUUUCUCGGCACGCAUGAUAGCCGGCAACGAAGCCGUCUUCACGAUAGCACGCGAUCAUGCGAUUUCCAUUUUGAAGUUGGAGCACUUUCUCGGAUUCGACAUUGAACUCGGCGUACAGCGAUAUGUCCUGAAUAACAUGCCCUGGUUGAUGCCCUACCUGGCCAGGAUUUACUAUUUUCAUAUCAGCCUGGGAAUUAUCUUUCUCAUCUACUGCUACACCUUUCUGCCACCGAGUACAUUUCAGAGAAUCCGACGGACCAUUGCCGUGGAUAACGCAGUCGCCUUCGUCAUCGUCACGGCUUACCGCUGCAUGCCGCCGCGGAUGCUUCCGGCCGAAUACGGAUUCGAAGAUGUGCUCCACGGAGCAAAGGGAGGAGGCAACGCGUGGACACACAACAAGUUCCAGUUGACCAUUGCCGCGAUGCCGAGUCUUCACUGUGGUACCGCCCUCUUCCUCGCCUGGAGCAUUUGCCGGUUCUCGCCCCACCGUCCGCUUCGUCUCAUUGCGCCCCUGUGGCCGAUGGCCAUGCUCUUCACCAUUGUCGCAACGGCAAAUCACUUCAUUUUGGACGCCAUGAUCGGCGCGAUGGUCCCUGUCAUUGGAUGGAGGUUUAACCGCGCUGUUCUCGUGUUGCUGCCGCUCCAGAAUCGGGUGUUGGAGGGGUUAGGGCUGAAGACUUCCGCGGAUGAAGAAGACAUUACCCCCAGGUACAUCCCGAGAGAAUGGUGA